AUGAAGCCCCACGUGCUCCAGCGCCGAGGCAUCCAGCUGACUGCAGAGACGAUCAAUCCCAAGGUCCUCGAUGCUCAGUACGCCAUCCGAGGAGCUCUCGUCCUACGUGCUAUGCAGCACGAGAGGAAUCUCAAGGAGAGUGUCAGGAUGCCGUUCGACGAGAUCAUCUACUGCAACAUCGGCAACCCGCAGCAGCUGAACCAGAAGCCGAUCACAUUCUUCCGACAGGUGCUGGCGCUGAUGGACUAUCCUGACUUGGUCGAAAUGCCAAAAGCGAAGAAAUUGUUUCCUGAGGACGCGAUUGAGCGAGCAAGGAUGUUCUUCAGCAACAUCCCAGGAGGGACGGGAGCGUAUAGUGAAAGUCAGGGCAUCCGGCUGGUCAGAGAGCACGUGGCAGAGUACAUCUCAAAGAGGGACAAUCUUGUUGCUUCUGCGGACGACAUCUUCCUCACGGACGGCGUGAGUCAGGGAGUGAACAUGUCCAUGAACGUUCUCAUCAGGAACGAGAAGGACGGGAUCCUUAUUCCCAUCCCACAGUAUCCUCUCUAUACCGCAACGAUCUCCCUGAACGGAGGGCGGGCCGUGGGCUACUUCCUCAAGGAGGAGAAGGGUUGGAGCAUGGACCUCGGUGAACUCGAUCGUGCGUAUCAGGAGGCGAAGAAUCAGGGAACCAACAUUCGAGCAAUGGUGGUGAUCAACCCGGGGAACCCGACGGGACAGUGUCUGACAGAGGCGAACAUAAGGGAGGUUGUAAAGUUCUGUGAGCAUAACAAUCUUGUCAUCCUGGCGGACGAGGUGUACCAGACGCCCAUCUACGGCGAGACCCCGUUCACCUCCUUCAGGAAGGUCGUGACGGACAUGGGCAGCUCCGUUGAACUCAUCUCCUACCACUCCGUGUCCAAGGGGAUGAUCGGGGAGUGCGGGAGGAGGGGAGGGUACAUGGAGCUCCGCAACAUUGACACGGUCGUGCGGGAGCAGAUCUACAAGCUUGUCUCCAUCGGCCUCUGCUCCAACAUCGCGGGCCAGAUGAUGGUUGACCUGAUGGUGAAGCCCCCGCAGGAGGGGGAGCCGAGCUUUGCGCUCUAUCAGGAGGAGAUGAACAAUCUGCAGGAGUCGCUCACCCGCAGGGCACACAAGUUGUCGACCGCGCUCAACGCCAUGGACAACAUCUCCUGCAACGCCAUCGAGGGAGCCCUCUACGCCUUUCCCAAGAUCGACAUCCCCUACAAGGCUGUGCAGGCAGCCAAGGACUCCGGCAUGACGCCUGACACCUUCUACUGCGUUGAACUGCUCGAUGCCACUGGUAUCUGUGUGGUCCCGGGGUCAGGAUUCAGGCAGAAGAAGGGUAGCUUUCAUUUCCGCACCACCUUCUUGCCGAGCGAGGAGAAGAUGGACAUUGUCAUCGAGAAGUUGCAGAAGUUCAACAAGACCUUUGACACCAUCUACAGAUAG